AUGGAGAAGCAGGGCAAGUGCACUGCCGAGAAAGCGCCAGCCCCGGAACCCAACUCCAGCGAUCUGGACAACUCGCCAGACAGCGAAGCUUGGGGGCCUGAUGGUGUUGAAAUCAUCGAUUGGGGCAAUCCGCCAACUGAGCUCCGUCCGCGAGAGAGCUUCAAGGCGGCUACGGCUUGGGUGGAGCAUUACGUGCGCCACUACAUUGGUGAGUGGCAGCGCAAGGCGGCUGACGGCUAUGCUGGAUUUCCAGACUUGGCUGUCACCACUCUGAAGCCACUUCUGAAGCCUUCAAUGGAAGCCCUCGAGAUUCUCAUCCGAAGGCUUCACAAUCCAAGGGAGCUU